UAUCCAACGUGGAAUCCUCGCCGACUCAAGAAUGAUAUCGCGUUGGUGCGUUUACCCAUACCAAUUCAUUUGAACGAUCGCAUACGCCCGAUUCCGCUACCACGACGGAGCUAUGAAUAUCGAGAAUUUACAAAUAAAUUGGCUAUCGCCUCGGGCUGGGGUCGUUACGCAGUCGGUGCACAUGCCAUUAGCAAUGUAUUGCGUUAUGUGAAACUACGCGUCGUUGACGGCUAUACCUGCAAACGCAGUUAUCCACUCUCCUAUCGUAGUACGAAUAUUUGUACAAGUGGCAAAUAUGCGCGUUCCACUUGUAAUGGCGAUUCGGGUGGCCCUCUCGUUAUACGUCGCAAACACACGAAAAAGCGUAUACUCAUCGGACUUACAUCAUUCGGUAGCAUACAUGGCUGUAAUCUCGGUUAUCCAGCUGCAUUUACAAAAGUUGCUUCAUAUCUGGAUUGGAUUAGUGAUGAGACGGGCAUCGAACAGUGGGAUGAAUCAUCAAAUAUGCUAGUGUUUAACAAAAUAAUAAAAGACUAUGAAAAGAAUCAUAGCAAAUAUCAAUAUUUCAAUGAGAAUACAACAGAGGAGAAUGAAGAUUGGGAAGAUAAUACAGAGGAGAUAGCAGAAUUCACGGCACCACAAGAAAAACCCUCUUUUCGGGUUGGACAUAUAUAA